UUCUCUCUCCCUCUCUCUCUCUCUCUCUCUCUCUCUCUCUCUCUCGCCCUCUUUCUUUCUUUUCCUUUCACAAAACUCAUACAACACGUACCCACAAAACGCGCUCUACGCCAAACCAAAUAUAACCCCAUAUAAGGGAGAGAAAUAGAGAGACUCAGGAAAACUCACAAAUUAAGCAAACAGAAAGAGAGGAAGGGAAUUCAAUUUCCAAUUUCUUCUUCGUCUUCUUCUUCUUUCUUGUUCUCUGAAUCUCAUAUUCAAUUGAAUGGUGGUAAAGGGUAUAAGUAUUUCAAUGGAUGAAUCAUCAGUAGCUAUAUCUCGAUGUAAAACCCAUCUUCAUCUCCAGAAGAAGAAAAAGAAGCAGAAGGACUUCACGGACUCCGACAUGGAGGCCGCGGCUCAGCAGCUGAUACAACUUAGCGACGAAGAUAACAACAACAACAACAACAACAGCAACAGCGGAAGGAAUUAUAACAAGGUGGAUGAUAAUGGUUAUGGUGAUGAAGAGGUUGAUCAGAGAGUAGCGAAGGAGAAUGGCAAUUAUGUAAUUAAUAGUGGUGAAGAGAAUAGUAGUAGUAAUAAUAAUAUAAUGGAAGAGAUAUUUGGGAAAGAAGAGGUUUUGGUAUUUCCAGCUGCUAAUAGGAAAAGGAGGUAUCGUUCUCUUGCUGAUAUCUAUAUGGAGACCAAACCUGUUGUUUAUCAUCUUCUAUGUGGGACUACUGCCAAGAAGCUCAGAUUUAGAGAUGAAAAAAAGGUUCAGUUUAUUUGAUUAACUCUAAUAUGGGGGCUUUUUCUAAGGUAGGAGUUUCUAAUCUUUAAUAAUUUAGCGAAAAUUGUUAAAUAUUAUGUUCAAGAGGGGUUUCCUGUGACUUUUACUUCCCCCAGAGACCGUGUUUUCUUUUGCUUUCUCUUUUUUCAAUUUUUACCCUUUUUUUUUUUUAUUUUUUGAACGAGAGCUUGUUUGUUGCAUGAAAGGGAAAUUAAUUAAUGAAUCAUCAGAUUUCUCUC